AUGCAAAAGCCACCUUCGCCAUCACCUUCUUCCAAGGUUCCUCAACUGACGUCCAUCGAUGCCGAGCCAAAAGGAGCUAGUAGAGGUAUCUUAUUUAAUUUGCGUCUCUUAUCGAAUAAAUCGUUGUUAUUUAAAUCUGUGUUGGCUCUUCUUUCUAAGUCCAAGUCCUCUCAGUCCUCGCGGUCGGUUCGGGCUCACCACCCCACAAACCGUCGCGACAUAGACCCACUACAGCCACUACCUCCGAUAUUCGAAAAAGAUCCUUAUCAACCGCUACCACCACCAGCAUAUCCAGUGUUAGAAAAUCGACAUGCUAUGACUAAUGUUGUGAAGCCCCACGAUGAGAAAAAACUUUAUCCGCCCGUAAUUCCUGGAUGUUCUACGCUUUCUCUUCAUCGGCGUUCUCCAAAUAACAUUUUCGUUGCCAGUCCUUACAAUACACUUCGAGCAACAAGCGUUGGAAGAUACCAGUCGGGAUUCCUGGACACGAACUCCAUCAUGGAAAAUCGGUUUGGUUCUAGACAAGCGUCAGUUGCAAGUCGACGACAGUCAAGUGAAGCUUCUAGUCAGAAAAGGUCGAAAUCAAUGGGUCCUUUGCAUCGAACAGGAUCUAACCGAAGCAAAGGUUCCGGACGUUCGCGAAGAAGAGAGAACAGUCAAAUAUAG